AUGGCUGCCAACUACUGGGAAUCAAGUCAACGAAAACACUGGCAAUUCACACGAGAACAAUUGGAGGAUUUACGAUCCAAACUCGAAGAUGAAGAUCAAGCUCUUGUACAAGCAUAUCCUCUGCCACAACUCAGACAUCUGAGCAUAUAUUUUAAUCAACAAAUGACUCGACUUGGAAAACGUCUCGGCGUGCGACAGCAAGCAAUGGCCACGGCACAAUUAUACAUUCGUCGAUUUUACUCAAAGGUCGAAAUUCGGAAAACGAACCCAUAUUUAGUUCUGGCAACAGCAGUAUAUUUGGCAUGUAAAAUGGAAGAAUGUCCACAUCAUAUCAGACUUGUGGUUAGUGAAGGUAGAGGAUUAUGGCCUGAAUAUUUCAGUAAUGAUACUUCGAGGCUUGGGGAAUGUGAAUUCUUUUUGAUCUCCGAAAUGAGUUCACAAAUGAUUGUCCAUCAUCCUUAUAGGAGUUUGACUGCUCUUCAAGGGACUUUCUCCCUAACAGCAGAAGAAUCCAAUCUCGCUUGGUCUAUUGUAAAUGAUCAUUACAUGACGGAUUUACCUCUAUUUUACGCACCACAUACUAUUGCAAUUAUGGCUAUUCUUCUAGCGCUCGUACUUCGCCCAAAUGCAACUGGAAUUCAAUCUGCUAGUGGUUCCUCGGCUAGCAAUAUUGCAAGUGCCGCCCAAGCUGCAUUAACGACCGCUGGUCAAGCGAAAGGCGGAACUCCUGAGAGGCAAGGAGGGAGAACGAAAGUGCAAAAAUUGGCAAGUUGGCUUGCUGAAAGUACUAUUGAUGUCGAAGCGAUUGUUGAUUGCACGCAAGAAAUGAUAUCAUUUUAUGAAGCUCAAGAACACUACAAUGAAAAGCUUACAAGGGAACAAAUAAACCGAUUUAUCAAAGCUCGAGGUUUGGAUAAAUGA